AGCGGAGUCUGAUGUUGCGCAAGGUCUUGUGCCAAUUGUGAAGACGAAGUUCGGAGAGUGGCAACAGGCAAGGGCUUGAUGAUACUAAUGUCUCUGGUGGUGAGGAGCGGGAACGGUAGUGCGGGGAAAGGCAAGAGACCUUUUCCUGAAUGGCUUCUCCUGUGAUGGUUCUGCGUCUCCCUCAGGGUCCCGACGGUCAGAGCAGAGGUUUUGACCCAACAUCAGCCCGUUAUCAUGCCUUAGCGCCUUCCUCCAUUCAAGCUUCAAACAAUUGUUCUAGUUCCUUCCUUCAGGAGGAGCAGAGAUCACGUUCUUUGCUCCGGGAACGCUUUCUGCAAAGUCUGAUUACAAUGACGGGGAAGCCGGUGACCUUUACAAUGUAUGAGCGGGUCAGUGUCACUGCAACAUUCACUGCCUCAGACAUUGACAUCCUGAACUUCCAAGUUUCUGACCUGCAGACACCAUUGGGCGUUCAGAAGGAAGCGUUACUGCGCUGUACUGACAUCAUAGCUUGUACAUGUGACCUCUAGCACACUUAGAAUAGCUGUAGUAGCCUGCCCACUGCCUGGCUCUCUCUGGGUCAGAUUUGAGCUAUGACACUGGGGGUGAGAUCAUAUCCCUCUCUAUGCUGAGGAUUUCUACUUAAAAAGAUGCAUUUGUUCUGCAGAGGGGAAUUGCAGGUUGUCUGAGGUGAGAGGUAUAAAGUGCACAUUUAUUACUAACAUUUCUAAAUUUUGUUUGUUCAGUAAAAUUCCGAAUAAAAAAUUUUAGUUUAUAGGAGCAUGAUUCUAAAGUGCUCCAUUUUUUCCUGAUGUUGCUGUACUAUUAUUGGAAGCCUCUCAGCAUUUCUCACAGUAACUUGUUCCUUCGCCGAUCAAUGAUACAGCAACAUUUCACGCUGUUUCCCUAUUUCUAAAAACUGUAGACAUUUUAAACCAAAACUGGCUGUAAUGUAAUUUACUUUAUCUUUUCAUAUUAGUGAAAAUUCAAGUUGUGCGUUGUAAAUGCAGAAGUACAAUUAAAUUCUUUGCUGUAGCAUCAUAGGCACAUGGCAUCAUAUAAGCAACAUUCUCAAGAAAAACAAAUUAAAUGUAAAUUAUACGCAAUUUUUAACAAGAAAUCAAUAAGAACAAGAGAAAACAAAUCAAAGUGUUGCUAAGCUGAUUAGGAUUGAUUAGGAUUCUCUGGGGUGAUUCAAUAAUUGAUUAUUCAUUCAAGUACUGUAGUUGUUCACAAACUUGAUGGUGUGGGACUUCAGGUCUCUGUACUUCCUGCCCAAUGGUAGCUGCAAGGAGAUGGCAUAGCCCGGAAGGUGGGAAGCUUUGAUGAUAGAUGUGGCCUUGAAACAGCACCUUCUGUAGGCACUACUGAUGCAUCUUUGUUUGAAAGUUAUACAAUUAUUGGGAUUCUAUCAGACACUGAAAAACCUAGAAAAGGGGCUGAGGAGAGGAUGUUUCAUUAGUAGGAAAGUCUAGGAUCUGUAAGUACAGCCUUAGAAUAAAGGGAAAUUCCAUUAAAACUGAGAUGAGGAAUCUCUUCAUCUUUGAUUCUUGGAAUUCAUUGCCAUGCACAGCAGUGUCACUAAGAUGCGAGGUGUAUUGAAGGCUAAGGUUGAGACAUUUGGUUGGUAAGGAGGUCAAGGUUUAUGGGGACAAUGCAGGAUGGGGUUGGUGGGGAAAAAUAAACAGCCACGAUUAACUGGCAGAGCAGACUAGUGUAGAUGGGACAAAUGGCCUAAUUCUGCUACUAUAUCGAACAGUAGAUGAGAGCGGCACUAAUUGAACAGAUCUUGCAGCCAGCCAGCAUAAACAUAACAACAGAAUUCAUGAUGGUGCACUGUACCAGUCUCUGAUAGGUACCCCUUCAAUUCUUGCUACGCUUGUCAUAGCUGGUGGGGCUGGAGGUUGGGGUGCGUGCAUCUCAAAUAGCCUCUGACAACCAAGUCCAAUCCUGGUCUUCAGAUGUGGCUUAGCUACUAAGCCCAGCAGAACAGUUUCUACUGACAGGAGAAAGGGCAAAGGUGGGUUACUGGCGCCUUACAACUAGUGAUCUUAGGCAGAUGCAGCUUGUCAGCCGUGGUUGGCAGCUCAUCUAGAAGAAAAAAAAUGCUGAUCUCAAACCUCCGCUGCCUUGUGGCUAUAGUCAUUCAUGCCGACAGCUUCGGGAGUAAACUCCAAGGGAAAAUCUGGAACUGGAGUCCCUAAGGCAGUCCUACAUUGAGUAAGUAGUGCAAAAAGAGAGGAGAAAGAAGUAGGGCAGUGUUUGUGGGUAUUGACCAUUCAGAAAUCUGAUGGUGGAGGGGAAGAAGCUGUUCCUGAAAUGUUGACUGUGUGUCUGAAGGUUCCUGUACCUCCUCCCUGAUGGUACAAUGAGAAGAUGGGAGUCCUUAAUGAUGGAUGCCACCUUUUUGAUGCAUCACCUUUUGAAGGUGACGAUGCUGAGGAGACUGCUGUCCAUAAUGGAGAUGGCUGAGUUUACAACUUUCUGCUGCUUUGUCCAUCCUGUGCAGUGGCCCCUCCAUUACCAACAGUGAUGCAACCAGUUGGAAUGCUGUCACAGUACAGCUGUUGAAAUUUGCAAGUGUCUCUAGUGACAUAUCAAGACGACUCAAACUCCUAAUGAAAUGUAGCUGCUGCUGUGUGUUGUUUGUAGUUGCAUCAAUAUGCUGGGCCCAGAAUAGAUCUUCUGCAGUGUCAACAUCUCAGGAACUAUUCAUGUUAAAAGUUAAAAUUUAAAAUAGAAAACCCCUUGUCAGGACAAGGAAGGAGACAGAAGAAGCAGGUUGGAUAGAGAAGGGGUGGUGUCCGCAGUAGGGUAAAUCUGGGGUGACCACAAGCUGUAACAGGGUUAUCUGGUCAAUGAGUGAAGUGGAGCAUUUAGAAUGUGAGAACAUAGACAAAAUAAAAAUGAUGGAGCUAUGAAAUCCCAGGCAGGUUAGGCUGGCACACCCUCCGCCCCCAGAAAGAAAAAUGUCCUUGAUGUUUCAGACAAAUGGAUUUUUCUCUCUGUAUCUGUGGUCUGCCUGCAAUAUUGGCUCAGCUUAUUUGUUUUCCCUUUGGGUGACAACAUAGGCACAAUGGGCCAAAUAGUCUUCUCUGCCAUGGGAAGUUCUAUAAAAUAUAAGGGAUUACCAAUCAUACGAGAUAAUUUUUGAUCAAUUGGCCCUCAGGGAUCCAGAGCCACAGCCACAUGCACGUUAGGUUAUUGCUGUCUGUCCUCUACUUGAACCAUUCAAUAUCCACCUCUGGGUCCAGUUCCCUCCUCUCUUCCAGGAGCAGAGUGCCUGACUAUGACUUUCUGAGUAUGAGGGGCUGUGGUCCAGAUGGGACUAGGCAGAAAACAGUUCAGCCUGGAAUGGAUAGCUGAAGGGCCUGUUUCUGUUUCUGUUUCUGUGCUGUGGUACCUAUAAACUCUCCUUGACCAGGCAAUCCAGAUCUGACUUUUGAUGUCAGUUGAAUUUCUCAGCACUUCAGCUAGUGUGAUGCAUGCUUGCUGGCUUCUUUCAGCUGAUGGUCAUACUUCAGCUGGUUUUGAAACUGUGUUCUACCUACUCCAAAGACCAUCUCUUACACCUCUGUGCAAUGUUUAUCAUCCACUCAGUUAAGGGCCAGGCAUUAAUCAGAGAAGUUACAGAUGCAGGAAUCUGGAGCUGGAAAAUUGCGGGAGGAACACUGCAGAUCAAGCAGCAUCUGUGUUAAUGUUGAGGUUGAGACCCUGCUUCGGGACUGAAAUAUUAAUUCAUUGACUUUCAAGUGAUUAACGGAGGAAGCAUUUAGAGUAUGGGUGGCCAAGUCACUGGUUCUUCUAAAGCAGCUGUGAUAGGUUCUUGAUUAGUAAGGGCAUCAAAGGUCAUGGGGAGAAUAGGGUGAGAGGGAUAGUAAAUCAGCCCUGAUUGAAUGCCUAAUUCUGCUCCUACAUCUUAUGGUUUUGUAGUCUAUAAAAGUAAUGGGAUUAAAACUCCAGAAAACAUAUGCUGUGAGAAUCGGUAUGGGUAUUCCAGGCCUGGUUGGCCGUGUCUUGAAGUCCAAAACAACAGGGUUAUCCUGCCUGUGAUAAAUGUGGUGUCCUGUAGCACCUUUACCACACUUACUGCAGCUGUAGAGUAGGUAUUGGGUUUUUGCUGUAACAGAUAUGGCUCUAGUUUGUGUGCCUCAUCCAUUUCCCUGCUUGUUAUAGGAGGUUAUUUAUAGUAUAUUUUGGGUAAUAACUGAAUGGCCUUCCUGAGCCUGAAGAUUCUGUUCCCAGUCAUGAAAUGAAACGUUGUGCUAGUCAGUCCACUCUGUGUGAGGUGACAUCCAUUCUUCACUGUGAGAAUAUCCGUUCCAUCCCAGUGGGUGGUGGCACAUUCAGGCCAGAGAAGCAACUUCCACCAGCAAAGGUCUAUGGGCCAAAGGGGAGUACCUCUAGAAGGCACCUGGGUCAGCAUGGCUGAGUUGGGCUGAAGGACCUGUUUCCUUGCUUUAUAACUGUAUAACAUUGACUGUCUUUGGGAUAUGGCCAAACAUAAAUAAGGCCCGGCAGUGGCUAUCCUUCAUUAAGAGUUUGAGUUCUGCAAAUUUCUACAGAUGUACCAUGGAGAGCAUCACCAUUUGUUAUGGAGGCUCCAGUGCGCAGCAAUGAAAGAGGUUGAAGACUCAGCCAGCUCCAUCGUGGGCUCAAGACUCCUCAACGUCUUCAAAAGGUGAUGACUCAAGAAGGCAAUGUCUAUCAUUAAGGACCCUCACUAUCUAGGACAUGCAGUCUUCUUGUUCCCACCAUCAGGAGCACAAAGAUCCACACUCAAUGUUUCAGAAAGUUUCUUUCUCUCCACCUUCAGAUUUCUGAACGGUCCGUCAGCGUUACCUCACUAUUCUUCUUUUGCACUAUUGCAGCCAGUCCAUAUUCUUGAUUCAUGAGGCAACAACCCUUACCAACAUCAGCUAGUAGCCCUCAGUUCACUCUAGUCUGGAAUUACACAUUCUGGUCCAAUAGUUUUCAACAUAAGUAGCAUGAAUAUCAGAAGUUCAUCAUCAUUAGUAGACAGCACUCUGAUAGCAGGUUCAUGUAUCGCCCACCCCUCCAUGCCCUCAACCACCACUACUUUACAAGAAGGAGAUGAGCAGACUCUACUUUCUAAGGAAGCUGAGAUCCUUGAAUGUGUGCAGCAGGAUGUUGGAGAUCUUUUACUACUCUGUUGUAGCGAGUGCAGUCUUUACGGCUUUAUGUUGGGGGAGCAGAAUCGGUGCUGGUGAUACAAAAAGACUAAAUAAACUCAUCCAAAAGGCUGGAUCUGCCUUUGGCUACAAACUGGACCCUUUUGAGUUAGUGAUGGAGAGAAUGUCAUUAAAUAAACUGUUAUCCAUUAUGGACAAUCUGGCACAUCUUCUUCAUGACCUACUGAAUAAAGAGCAGAGCACCCUUUAGAACAAACUCAUUUAGCUCCGCUGUCACAAGGAUUGUUACAGAAAAUCUUUCCUACCAAAUGCUGCAAGCAUAUACGACAGUUCAUCUCUGCGAUAGGAGAAAAAAAAUCCAGUCUGUUUUAUUAUUUCGUACAUUCUUAUUGCACAUUGGUAAUUAUUGUUCUGUACUUUAUGAUAGUUAAGUGUGCACACUCGUAAGUUUGUUUUUAAAUGCUGCCAUAACGAAAGGAUUUCCCACUUGGGAUCAAUAAAGUAUUUAUUAUUGUUUUUGUUUAUCAUUUCCUGUCAGAGUCACCUUAUGUACAGACACUCCUAUACCCAGGAGCACUCUAUGGACAUACAAUCAGUCUGUGUACAUAAGCUAUCUGAUGGAUUUAUAUUUAUU